UCCCUGCAGCAAGCGAGCUGGGAAGCUCCCAGUUCUAAAGAGAGGCUGUUUACCAGAAGAGCAUAACAAGGGCAGGUCUGGCUGCAAGGCUGGGACCGCGAGGCUUCAACUGCCACCAAGGGGACCCCAACUGGUCAAUCACCUGCAAGAUGAAGGCGGUGAGGAUGCUGUUGGCCUGGCUGCAAACACUCCUCCUCAGCAACCUGCUCCUCGCAGAAGCCUAUGCAUCUGGAGGCUGCUUGUCGGACAGCGGCCAGCUGUACCGGGCGGACCAGUCCUCCCCGGCGCCGGGCCUCCGCUGCCUCAACUGGCUGGAUGCGCACAGCCGCCUGGCCUCUGCCCCCGAGGCGGGCGCCGGCAACCACAGCUACUGCCGCAACCCGGACCGGGACCCGCGCGGGCCCUGGUGUUACGUCAGCGGCGAGACGGGCGCCCCCGAGAAGCGGCCCUGCGAGGACCUGCGCUGCCCAGAAACUGUGUCCCAGGACCUGCCAACCUCCAAGACAGAAACGGAGGAGGCGUUUGCAGUGCCAAGUGGAGAUGAGGGGCAGCUGUUUGCUCCUGCCAAUUCCCUGUCCGUCCGGAGCCAGGCCGCAACUGUGCAGCCCGUGAUUGGGAUCGUGCAGGGGGUCCGGGCGAACUCCAAGGAGAAGGACUUGGGGAUCCUGGGCAAUGUGCUGGGCAUGGGCAUGAUAGUGAUCAUCAUUGCCAUCGGAGUUGGCAUCAUCUUUGGAUACACCUACAAGAGGGCGAAGGGCCUGAAAGAGCAGUAUGAUCAGAAAAUGUAUGAGCGGGAGAUGCAGCCAAUCACGCUGCCCUUGUCCGCCUUCACCAACGCCACCUGUGAGAUCGUGGAUGAGAAGACCGUUGUGGUCCACGCCAGUCAGACUCCAGUCGACCUUCAGGAGGGUGAUGCCCCCCUUAUGGGCCAGGCAGGCACUCCUGGGGCCUGAGCCCCCCACAAUGGGCAGGAGCCCCGUGCCAACACUGGUGCAGGAUGGCCUACCCUCCUACAGCUGGGAAGAUCUACACUUUUUGUUGUGGUUAAAACCCUCCCCCCACUUUUUUUUUCCCUUUUGGUUUUUGGUGAACCCUAAGACAGACGCGGGUUGCACUGUCGACUGAGGGCGAAGUUGGGUAGGUUGCUACCAAUGCUCUUUCUCCAACCCCUGGAGCAGGGUUUUGUCCGUGGAUGGGGACAGUGGCAGCUGCCACAGCAGUGCUGCUGACAAGGGCUUGCAACACUGCCUGUGUCCUGGAACUGAAUCAGGGACGGACAGGGAGCUCCCCUGGGUUCCUCUGAGCUUUAUGAUCUAGCGUGGCCUCAGUCUCCACCUUUCCGUUUGUUCUCUGCGGGCUUGAGUGGCGCACGCUGUUAUUCAUAGUUCAGGCCAAGCAGUUUGAGAGGCAACAUUUACAAAACUGUAUUUAGUUUAAACAGUAUUUGGGAUGGAACUCCCUACUGACCACUGAGAACCAGAAAUGAGUUUGUACAAUAAUCAAAAGUAUGGGUUGAGAAUGGGAUCCAGGCUGGGGGUACUAGGUGUGCCCCAACUUGCUGGCAGUGACAUGCCUUGACAGUAGUGGGCCAGGCUAGGCCCAGUGACUUCCUGUUUUGAAAGGAAGGUGCUCGCUUCGGCAGCACAUAUUCUAAAAUUGGAACGAUACAGAGAAGAUUUAGCAUGGCCCCUGCACAAGGAUGACAAGCAAACUCGUGAAGCGUUCCAUAUUUUUUUAAAAAAGGACAGGAAGGACUGCACUGAACAUUUCGCUUAGGAAGAGGGUGAAGGAUGCCUCAGGCCACACAGGACCUGAGGUGGGCCUGGUGCCCCCCAGACAGUCUCUGUCCAAGGUGGAUAGUGACCUCUUCCUUUUGUGGGGUUAAGACAACAGCUUACCUGUGGGAAUUAUACUGCGGGGCCUUGUGAGCUGCCUCUGAGAAUGGAGCGAGGUCACGACCCCUAACUUGUAAAACAGUCAUAAAACCAUUGGACAAGACCCUAGGGUUCCCCAAGCCCAGAGGGCGAAAGGGACACCCAAAGUCAUAAAGUGACCGGCAUGGGCCAGAGGAGAGGACAUUUCCCCACCCACUGUGCUACACUGUGCCAGCGGCACGCCAGGGCCUCCCAGUCCUGACGUCGCAUUUGGAGGCCUUAGCAAUGCCACAGAGCUUCCUGCCCCAGGGCCCUUCCACUGCCCCUCGUGGAGAGCGAAGGGGCAUUUGUGGGGCCCAUUCUCUCUAGCAGGUGGUUGUUCCUGGGGGUGGUUUGCUGAGGGAACCCAGGCCUCAGGGGGUCCUUUGGGGUUCAGUGAUGCUGAAGAGAACAUCACUGGUUUCUACUUUUCUAUGAAAACAUUUCUCUGUGUACAUGUUUUAUAUACCUCAUUCUGACACUUGCAUAUAAAGCGCAGGAAAUUGCUCUGCAUUUUACUUGUAUAAAUAAAUUUUUUAAAAAAAGAAA